AUGACUAAUGACAAUAGUAGCGAAACCCUAAUCUCUCUGAUAAACCUUGAAUUGAAAGGAGCUUACCAAGCAGAAGAGAAGUAUUGGAGACAGAGAAGUCGUCAAAUGUGGCUCAGCUUGGGAGACAAGAACAGUGGUUAUUUCCAUGCAGCCACAAGGGGAAGAAGAGCAAGGAAUAAUAUAUCAGUCAUUGAAGAUGAGAAGGGAAAUGCAGUCUAUGAUGAAGUGAAUAUCGAGAGGGUCAUUACGCAUUACUUCACAGAGAUGUUUACCUCUCAAACUGGAGACAGAGCAGAAACGGUGAAACAAAGCAUUUCUCGGAAGAUAAGUGAUGAAACCAACACAAAGCUUAUCUCUAUACCCUCUCCGAAAGAAAUACGAGCGGCUAUCUUCUCAAUACAUCCGGACAAAGCACCGGGUCCGGACGGUUUCUCCGCAAGCUUCUUCUACUCGAAUUGGGGAACAAUUGGUGAAGACAUAACCCUUGAAAUCCAGAAGUUCUUCACUUCCGGAAACCUCCCUCAAGGCAUAAAUGCGACCCACAUCUGUCUAAUACCUAAGAAAACAGCUCCAAAGUCAGUCGCCGAUUACAGGCCAAUCGCUUUGUGUAAUGUGUACUACAAAAUCAUCUCAAAGAUCCUUACCGCAAGAUUGCAUCCAAUUCUAGAUGGGCUAAUAUCCGAGAAUCAGUCAGCCUUCGUUCCAGGAAGAGCUAUCUCCGAUAACGUGAUGAUAACCCACGAGAUCCUUCAUUUCCUGAAAAUAUCACAAGCAAAGAAAAGGACAUCAAUGGCAAUCAAGACCGAUAUGACUAAAGCCUAUGAUCGGGUGGAAUGGGAUUUCAUUAAACUAGUGCUGGAGAGAAUGGGUUCUCAUACCAGGUGGAUAGGCUGGAUAAUGCAAUGUGUGACGUCAGUCACGUUCCAAUUCCUCAUCAAUGGAGCUGCCAAAGGUUUUGUGAAACCCUCCAGAGGAAUACGCCAGGGAGAUCCUCUAUCUCCAUACCUCUUUAUUCUAUGCAGUGAAGUUCUCUCGGGACUCUGCUAUCAAGCACAAGAAUCUGGUCAAAUAGAAGGAGUGAAGAUAGCUAAUAAAGGACCAAAAGUGAAUCACUUACUCUUUGCAGAUGAUACAAUGUUCUUCUGCAAGUCCAAUGAGAGAACAUGUCAAGCUCUUAAGGAAAUCCUGAGGAAAUACGAGGAAGCAUCAGGGCAGAAGAUAAGCUGUCAAAAAUCAGCAAUCACGUUCUCCAAAAAAACUCUAGAGUACGUGAAAAGAAGAGUAAAGAUUUUUCUGGGAAUAAGUCAGGAAGGAGGAAACGGAAAAUACCUCGGACUACCAGAAGCUUUUGGGCGGAAAAAGAAAGAUCUCUUUAAUGCAGUGGUAGAUAGAAUCAGACAGAGAGCAAUCUCUUGGUCAUCCAAACAACUCUCGGGUGCAGGGAAGCUAGUGAUGCUCAAGUCCGUUCUCUCAUCAAUGCCAACCUAUUCUAUGUCAUGCUUCAAACUCCCUGUGAACCUAUGCCAAAGAAUCCAGUCAGUGCUCACUCGGUUUUGGUGGGAUGGAAAUGAUGGAAAACGGAAAAUGUGCUGGAUUGCUUGGGAUAAGCUUACACUUGGGAAACGAGAGGGAGGUUUAGGCCUGCGAGACAUCCAGUGCUUCAAUGACGCCCUGCUGAGCAAACUAAGCUGGCGGUUGAUCUCAAAUCCAGAGUGUCUUUUAGCGAGGCUGCUAAAAGGAAAGUACUUCCCGGAGACAACUUUUCUUGAUUGCGGCUCGUCAGCCGGAAGCUCACACGGUUGGAAAGGGAUAGUCAUCGGAAAAGACCUGUUAAAAGAAAAGAUUGGAAAUGUUAUUGGAAAUGGUAAAAGCACAAGCGUCUGGAACGAUCCGUGGCUCUCAACUAAGGAACCAUUAAGACCAAUGGGUCCGGCUCCAGAACAGUUUAAAGACAUGAAAGUAGCUGAGCUAUUGCUACCUCUAUCAAGACAAUGGAAUGAAGAGCUGAUAAAUGAGCUAUUACCUCAUCACAAAGAGGAAAUUCUAUGCAUUGUCCCUGGAUCGUUUGACCUGGAUGAUAAGCUCGCUUGGCUCCCGCAUAAGUCCGGUGAUUACACAGUCAAAACCGGCUAUCACGUAGCACGAGCACGAAGACCCUCCACGCAGAGCCCUACAACAGUAGACGAAUUCAAUUGGAUCACGGAGGUGUGGGAUGGAAAAUUUGCACCAAAGUUUAAAAUUUUUCUAUGGAAAGCAGUGCAAGGAGCUUUACCGGUGGGAGAAAAUCUAGCCUCGAGGGGAAUCGCACAGCAAGCAACCUGCAUCCACUGUGGAGCCCCUGAGUCGACUCUCCAUAUGUUGUUUCACUGCAGUCUAGCCCAGGAGGUGUGGAGCUUAGCUCCGUUCCGAAUCCAAAUCACCUUCGGAAAUCUCAUGGAUUUGAAAGCCGGAAUCAAAGCGAUGAACAAGACCAUCAGCUUACCACCCACUGGAAUUAGAGCAGGAACCUUGGCGCCAUGGAUUAUGUGGAGCAUCUGGAUGACUAGAAAUAACAAGAUCUUCAACAGGAGAAGUUUCACCGCGAGAGAAACCCUAAAUCUGGCUUUAAUUCGGGCACGGGAAUGGCAAGAGGCGCAGGAGAAAACCCCCCCCCCCCAGUCGUCUCGCAGAGUAGACCACUUAGAGACCCAAUUCCCUCACGCUUUGUCCGCUGCAACACAGAUGGAGCUUGGAAUGAAGCGGAGAAGAUAG